AUGCCGGUGGCCCGCGCGAGCAGCCCCAGGAGGUACCGCUCUUUCGGAGCUUGAGCCGCUGCGGCUGCUCGUGUGCUGCUCGGCCCGAGCUCGUCUCUUGAUGUCGCCAUCGAAAGCGAUGCGCCGAGCGGGCAUCGAAGCAUGCCGGCGGCCGAGAACGCGCGUUCGUCGAGCGAGCCGCCGGUCGCGGGCCGCUGCUCUCAGUCUCCUAUCAAGUCGCCGCAGAGCUCCACCUUGACAGCGUCUUUAGCGGCACCGCGAGUCCACGCACACAGCUUCACACAAAAGCACGAGGGAGCACAUUCCGGUAUCUUACAGAGUGAGGGCGCAGCCAGACGAGAAGGCGGAAUACAAGGGGGCGCGGGAAAAGAGAGAGGAACGAGCCGUGGAUGCGUUGAAGUGGGGUAGGUAGAAUGCACAGAGAGGUGAAGAAGCGUACGAGAUGCGAGGCGAGAAGAGAGACGUCAGUGUAUAGAGGG